ACAGCCACGUCUCAAGUUCAACCCUAAAAAAAAAUUCGCGCGGCUCGAGGAGACCUUCCGUCCGCCCACUGCUCUCAGACCUUCCGUCCGCUAAGCCUGCUCAGGAUAUCUCACGCACGCCUUCACCGCCUAACGGUAUCUCGACAGACUCACCCUCACGUCCUCACCCUUACUAUUCAGUCUUCACUCACCGUCUCACCCUCACGGUCACGAGACUCACGACGCACGGCCUCACCGUCACGAUCUGUCGCUCAGUUCAAUCUCUCCGAUCUGUUGGUCUCUUCGUCUCUCUUGAUUUGCAGCGCUACGGCUACGUCCAGCCUCCAGUGCUUCUGUUCUCGCAAGUUUGGCACGCGGGGAGCGAAACCAAAUCAUGGGUUAUUCCAAGAACCAGUUACUUUCGCGCUUACAGGAGCUUCAAAUUGAAUUUUCCAAGUAUGAACAUCCUGUUGUUUUGACGGUUGAAGCUCAGGCAAAGUAUGUAGGAAACGGUGAGGGUGCACUGAGUAAAAAUUUAUUCUUGAAGGACAAGAAAAAUAGAUUCUAUAUUGUUUCUGCUCUGGCUGAUACUAAAGUCGACCUAAAAGUUCUAUCUCAAAGGCUUGGUUUGGGGAAAGGAGGUUUGAGAAUGGCUCCUGAAGAAGCAUUGGGCGAAGUACUUCAGGUACCUUUGGGUUGCGUUACUCCAUUUGCACUUAUAAAUGAUUCAGCACGACAUGUAUCCUUGUUGUUGGAUCGAGGGUUUAAAGGUCAGGAGCGCUGCUUGUUCCACCCACUGUCAAAUGACAUGACAAUAUCUCUUAAUGCCUGCGAGCUUGACAAAUUUCUAAGAUCAAUUGGCAGAGACUCCUCAUAUGUUGAGCUAGAGGCUAACCCUCCAGUAGGGAAAGAUAAUCCUCCUGAUCUAGCUGCUCUUGUUCCAUCUGAUUCCAUAGUUUUGCCAGAUUCUACAGAAACAGCAGCUUCACUACAAGGUCCUACAAAAGAUCGUGUUGUUUCAGAUAACAAGACAUUGGAAAUUACAGCUAAAGCUAGUGAGCCAUCCAGAAAAGCAAAAAAUGUAAAGGACAAACCUGCCAGCAGUGUGCAACAGGCGAGCUCCUACAAAGAUGUUGGGCAAUUUGUGGAAGAAAUACUGGAUAAAACAUCAGCACUUUUACUUUCAGAGAUAACUGAGGAUGCUAUUAAGCAACAUGGAGAAGGGUUAGGAGCUGUGUUAUCAGACUCUAUCAGAGAGCGUCUUAGCUCGGAGUUGAAGGCAGAUACGAGGUCGUACCUGAACACAGCAUACACAGAAGGGUUUAGUGUUGCUCGCAUGAUGUUCCAGAACACUGGUGCUCAUAAUCAGUUCAGGUGUUUGUGACUUGCAAAACUUUCAAUUAUUGUAAUGUUAUACAUUCAUUAAACACUCGUUUACACAUUUGAUAGAAAAUGUCUAAUUACCUAAACUGGCUUGGGGUAUUUGACUUUUGAUCUAUUAUAUUCAUUGUUCUAUCUUCA